AUCAUCUACAAGUAUUGUCAUAGCUGUCAUUUCAAUCCAUCCUCAUACAAAACUUAAAAUUUUUAGUAAUACGUCGGGAAUGGGUUCGAAAUUAUAUUGUGUUUUAAGAAAUGUCUUAAUGAAACGACGAUACGAUGUCGAAUUUGUGAAUUCCGGUGCUGCCGAUAUACAAACUCCGUUAGUACAAGAAAAAAGAUUGUUUGCAAAUGCGAAAAAGGGGUUUUAUAAUAGCACAGAUACGAAAUCUAAACAUCCAACUGAAAAAGCAAUGCAGCAAACGCACCCGAAUAUAUGUCCAGUGAAGAAAAAGAAGAUUAAAAAAGAGAAGAAGAGAAUAUGGAGUCGGUUCACCGCUGAAGAAAUUGAAAAAAAACGAAAAGCUGCUACUGAAUGCGGAAAACAAUGCGAAGAAUUCAAUCGAAUUCAAGAAGGUCCGGACCUGGAUUUAUGCCAUUUAGGCGAUAGGGUAUUCCGAACAUGCGGUACUGCUUACGUCAUACAAAAAAAUAUGAUAUGCGAAACGAAAAUUCCCGAAUGGUUACGUCGAGAAAAUGCGUUGGUCGAUAGAAUGGAGGUUAAACAAAAAUUGAAAGAUUUCAAAGAUCCAUUACCUGAAUUUAAAAGUGUAGCACAACGCUUGGUGGAUUUGGCAGACAAAAAGCUCCAUCCACUAUAUAAAAAAUAUUUGUUCACUACGCAAAAAUCAGAUAUGUGUGGGACACCAGAACCAAUCGACAAAUCAAAAUUUGGUUACGUCAAAGGAAAAAAAACUUUCCUCAAAUGUAGGUUUAAUAAAGAAAUUUUGGAAAGAAAAAAUAUUUACGUCGAUUUCAAGAGAAUAGAAGCCCCAGGUCACGUUUUAGCGAAAUUUUUUGAUAAUCAAAUGGACAAAAAACAUAUUACGGAAACAAAAAAUCCUCCAGUACAUGCAAAUUCGACCAAAUAAAUUUU